ACCCACCUCAAACUAAAAAAUGCUUGCUAUUUCCUCAUAUAACAUGUCAUAUUCAUGAGGAGGAUGGGCUGGCCAAUCAGCGGUCUAGAGGAGGAUGAGCUGGCCAAUCAGUGGUCUACUUGCGUUCAUAUUUGUAAUGACCAGUAUACGCCCAAACCAUUCAGUUGUUGGGAUACACCCACACCAUUCCAACACAGAAAAGCUAUUGUAAGUAAUUAUAGGUCAUCUUUAAUAGAUAUCUGUGAACACUGGGCAGGUACUUUAACAUGUCCAAUACAGCAUAAAUAUUCUGAAUGAACCCACAAUGUGGUUUUCUUUUAUAGUCAGAUACAUGUACAUACACUGAAGAAAAAUAUAAACACAACAUGAAUGAUGAGUUACAGUUCAUGAAAAGAAAUCAGUCAAUUUAAAUAAAUAAAUGUAGCCAUAAUCUAUUGAUUUCACAUGACUGGGAAUACAGAUAUGCAUCUGUUGGUCACACAAACCUUAGGGUGUGGAUCAGAAAUCCAGUCAGUAUCUGGUGUGAUCAUAAUUUGCUUCAUGCAGCACAAUACAUCUCCUUUGCAUAGAGUUGAUCAGGCUAUUGAUUGUAGCCUGUGGAAUGUUGUCCCACUCUUCUUCAAAUGCUGUGUGAAGUUGCUGGAUAUUGGUGGAAUCUGGAACAUGCUGUCCUACACGCCAAUCCAGAGCCUCCCAAACAUGCUCAAUGGGUGACAUGUCUGGUGAGUAUGCAGGCCAUGGAAAAACUAGGACAUUUUCAGCCUCCAGGAAUUGUGUACAGAUCCUUGCGACAUGGGGCCGUGCAUUAUCAUGCUGAAAUGUAAGGUGAUGGCGGUGGAUAAAUGGCACGACAAUGGGCCUCAGGAUCUCGUCACGAUAUCUCUGUGUAUUCAAUAACCUGGUGAGGACAACGAGCACGUAAAUGAGCCUCCCUGAGACGGUUUCUGACAGUUUUUGCAGAAAUUCUUAAGUUAUGCAAACCCACAGUUUCAUCAGUUGUCAGGUUGGCUGGUCUCAGAUGACCCCACAGGUGAAGAAGCCAGAUGUGGAGGUCCUGGGCUGGCGUGGUAACACAUUGUUUGCGGUUGUGAGUCCAGUUGGAUGUACUGCCAAAUUCUCAAAAAAUAUGUUUUUGGUAGAGAAGUGAACAUUACAUUCUCUGGCAACAGCUCUGGUGGAUAUUCCUGGAGUCAACAUGCCAAUUGCAUACUCCCUCAACACUUGAGACUUCUGUGGCAUUGUGUUGUGUGACAAAACAGCACAUUUUAGAAUGGCCUUUUAUUGUCCCCAGCACAAGGUGUGUCUGUAAUGCUCAUAAUGUUUAAUCAGCUUAUUGAUCAAAUCAAAUCAAGUUUAUUUUAUAUAGCCCUUCGUACAUCAGCUAAUAUCUCGAAGUGCUAUACAGAAACCCAGCCUAAAACUCCAAACAGCAAGCAAUGCAGGUGUAGAAGCACGGCAGCUAGGAAAAACUCCCUAGAAAGGCCAAAACCUUGGAAGAAACCUAGAGAGGAACCAGGCUAUGAGGGGUGGCCAGUCCUCUCUGCCUGUGCCGGGUGGAGAUUAUAACAGAACAUGGCCAAGAUGUUCAUAAAUGACCAGCAUGGUCAAAUAAUAGGAGUAAAUGUCAGUUUAAAUCAGGAGUAAAUGUCAGUUUGCUUUUCAUAGCCGAUCAUUAAGAGUAUCUCUACCGCUCCUGCGGUCUCUAGAGAGUUGAAAACAGCAGGUCUGGGACAGGUAGCACGUCCGGUGGACAGGUCAGGGUUCCAUAGCCGCAGGCAGAACAGUUGAAACUGGAACAGCAGCAAGGCCAGGUGGACUGGGGACAGCAAGGAGUCAUCAUGCCCGGUAGUCCUGACGCAUGGUCCUAGGGCUCAGGUCCUCCGAGAGAGAGAAAGAAAGAGAGAAGGAGAGAAUUAGAGAGAGCAUACUUAAAUUCACACAGGACACCGGAUAAGAUCGGUGAUAUGCCACACCUGUCAGGUGGAUGGAUUAUCUUGGCAAAGGAGAAAUGCUCACUAACAGGGAUGUGAACAAAUUUGUGCAAAACAUUUUAGCAAAAUAAACUUUUUGUCCACAUGGAACAUUUCUGGGAUCUUUUCUUUCAGUUCAUGAAAUAUGGGACCAACACUGUUCAGUAUAUAUCAUCAUGACUCAGCCAAAACAGCAGACUUUCUGCUUUCUGGCAAGUCUAACUGGUUCUUUGGCUGGGGGAACACCUUUAAUUCUAGUACAUGACCCACUCUCCUCCCAUUAUUAACUUGAAUGUGCAAGUCAUAUUGCAAAACCAACAAAGGUGUAUAUAAGGCCAAUACAAAGAGGAGAGCAGGUAUUGCAUUUUGCGUUAACACACAACUUGGCUCUACAAACCACAGCUGAUAGCAAAGAUGUCUCUCACACUCACAUAUUUUCCAGUCCGAGGUCGAGCUGAGGUCAUCCGAGUGAUGCUCAAAGACCAAGGGGCAGAGUUUGAUGAGAAGGUCAUCACCAUGGAGAUGUGGACGGAGAGCACUCUCAAAGCCAGCUGUUUGUUUGGUCAGCUCCCUAUAUUUGAAGACGGCGACCUCACUUUGUACCAGACCAAUGCAAUAAGGAGACAUCUCGCACGGAAACUUGGACUCUAUGGCAAAGACCAGAGGGAGGCUGCUCUCAUUGACAUGAUGGAUGAAGCCCUUCAAGAUCUCCUAAACAAAUACAUAAAACUGAUGUUCGAGAAAGAUGACUCCGGUAAAGAGGGGUACCUUAAAGCACUGCCAACAGGUCUGAAGCCCUUCGAGAAAACCCUGUCCAGCAAUAAAGGAGGCUUUCUGGUUGGCGACAAGAUCUCCUUAGCCGACUACGCCCUGGUGCUCCUGCUGAUCCACCACCAAGUCCUCAGCCCCCCCUGCCUGGAUGCCUUCCCCUCCCUCCAGAGCUACCUGAAGAGGCUGUGUGCCCGACCCAACCUGCACGCUUACCUUCAUAGCGACGACUUCAAGAACAGACCCAUCAUUCCUGGAAAAAGAGCUUGAAGUCCAUGUGGCCUUAGUCCACUUAUCGUACCUCAAUAUUAUAUCAUAUCUAAUAUGCCACAAUAUGUAUACAUUCAACCAGAAUGGAUCACCUUGAAUUGUAAUUUGGCUGUAUAUUGAGUACUGUGAGUCUUGGUGGAGUAGCUCUCUGUCUGUUUGUGCCUGGUACCAGUCCUACCCACUUGCAGCGAGGAGUGUUAAAAAUGAUGUUAUUGUUUAAUAAAUUACAUUUGCAUAUAC